AUGGAAUCUUACACGCACGCGCCCAGCCCACCCCACUCAACAUCGAUUCCCUCUGACUCGGGCGCUGUCGAUUCACGGGCAUCACCCCAGAAUGCUGUGCAGGCCGCUUGUCUUGCAUGUAGGGGAAAGCAUUUAAAGUGUGAUGGGAAGUAUCCGUGCUCGCGCUGUCGAACAUCAGAAUCUGAAUGUGUCUACGUGGCUUCUCGUCGCGGUUAUAAAGGACCAAGAAAGAAUGCGGUCCCAAACCCAAAUAAGCGUCAGGCAACUGACUCUCCGCCCUCCGCCGGUGGCGAUAGUUGUCCGAUGCUGCUGGGUGCGACGGUUUCAACCGCUGCGCCUCCGAGUUUAAGGACCUUUAAUCCGGCCAUGGCAAUCUCCGAGUCGCCUGCAACGCCAUUUGCACCCCCUGGCAUGAACGGCCUUCAAUUGUAUAGAAACCCUUACCUUAACGGUACUAAUGGUGCUCUGGUAGAGGCCAGCUCGCGACCACAGACUGUUCCGGAGCGCUGUAUCGAUGCGUUCUACUACUUUUUUUAUCCUGGUCACCCUGCUGUUCUACCAAAGGAUUACCUGCUCAAGAUGUCGAAAGAGAUGGACCUUAGUCACUUGCUCGCAGCGAUGAGGUGGGUUGGGUCCUUAUAUAUUGAUGCCGGUCCUGCCCGUGCUACGUUCUUCGAGGAGGCCAUGCGUUUGGUCUACGCUCCAAACGUUGUCAAGGAUGGUUACUUAGUCCAAGCCAUGGUCAUCCUCCUUAUAGGACUAGACGGUAACUGCCAACAGGAAAGGGCACGCGAAAUUCUCUCCGACGUCGAGCGGAUCGCCAUAGAAAUUGGCCUCUAUACGAGGGGCUACGCUGCCGCGCACGGAGGCCACGUCCCGAGGCUAGAAGAGAGUUGGCGACGGACGUGGUGGGACCUAUUCGUUGUGGACGGAAUGGUUGCCGGAGUGCACCGUCAUACAAAUUUCCUCCUCUUUGAUAUCGUGGCUGAUGUUGGUCUUCCGUGCGAGGAACAUGAAUACACAUCAGGAAAUAUCCCGCGCCCGAUGUAUUUAGAGGACUUUGACGAUCAGAUUUUCUCCGGUGAAGAACGAGAGUUCUCAUCGUUCGCCUACCGCGUUGCAUCCAUAAGGAACCUUGGGCGCAUGAUGCGACUGAGCGGUUAUCCGAGUGACGAAAAUGUUAACAAGAUCGAAACCUUGCUUUCUAACUGGAGGAUGCACUUGCCACAGUCGAAGCAGCACAGUCUGAACAAGAACUGCCAGCCAGACGAGAUGAUGUUCCAAGCCCAUAUGAUUAAUCAUGCCUGCUCGAUAAUGUUGCACCAGCCUCUUUCACAGCUAGACUCGUCACCGGCGCGCGAAGUAACGGCUUGCGCGCCACAUCGGGCGGUCGAGAGCGGUGAUCAUUUCAAUAUCCACACCAGGCAUAUCAUCACGGCCUCGUGCGAGAUCAGCAAGAUGGUUACGUAUAACGUGCCAAUCACUAGCCAUACGCAUUUUUUCACGUGUGUGCUGACCCUUUCCUCAAUCGUCCACCUUAGCAAAUGGGCCCUCGAGUACCUUAUCCAAGACGAAGACGAACUUCGACAACGAAUUCGACUAAAUAUCGGAGCUCUAAAUAAGCUCAGUGGCGUCUGGAAGGCAGCCAGUACGGCGUCAAGCCAAGUAAAGGGCGUCGCGCAGGAGAUCUACCGCGCUAAGAGGGCGCAGCAGAACAACCCUUCGUUCUGGGUCGGGUUCACGCAGGAAGAAAUUAUCAGUAGCAUGGCGGCCGACGAGGGCAUCAUGUCCGAGAUCAACACUAUGCUCACGAGCGCACCGAGUGCACCUUGAAAUAAUGAAGACUGGCUGCUCUAUUCGGCAUCGUGAUAAAGUCAGGACAGUCGAGUACCAUCCAUUUCAAUAAGGAACCGGUCGUGAAUGGGUAUAUUAUCUGCGCCAUUCAAGGUCCAAGCUAGGUUAUAUAUAAGAUAUGGGGGGCUCAUAUAAAUGAUGAGCUGCAUGGUGAAGGUUCAGAAAAUUCGUAAAAUCUGCAGGCCUCAGCAGUGCUGAGAAAUAGGUGCAGCAAGUGGGCGGGAUAGCAAAAUAAAGGGAAAAAAAAAAAAUAAAAAAAGGCUUGACGAAUAAGAUAUAACUAUCGGUUUGAUGAUAACCAGGAUAUAUAUGUACUUACAAGUGGUCUCUCCUUCUCGCCGUAUACGCCUAUUUGCCUUUGGCACAUUAACAAUGUUUAACAGAAGAUUGGAUACAGACGGGUAAUGUUUAUAUAAUAUCUAUUCAAGCUACGGUGUGGUAGAAUGAUAAUAACAGAUAGUGCUUGCAUAGCGGCAGGUCUCUUGCUCGUAUUUUAGCGCCUAACAUAGAUGAUAUAGUACAAGCUUAGCCAUG